AGAUUCUGCUGUCCUACUAGUUUGGCAAGUUCUCUAGGCUCAAAGCAGCGUAGAAAGGCGGAGAAGAGGGCAUAAAGUCAAUUUAGCGCACAUUUAUACACUUCUCUUGUCCCGCAGACGGUAUACGAGAGAGGAGUCAUGGAGGCUGCCAUUCAGACCAUGGUGAAGGUCUACCUGAAGUCAUCCAAGGGAAAGGAAAAUCUAGGACAGAAAGAGUUCCAGGGCCUUGUCAAGAACCAGCUCUCCAACAUCCUUUCGGACACAGACAGCAAGGAGGCGAUCAAGAAUAUGAGCCAGGGACUGGAUUCCAACCAGGAUGGCAAGGUUGGUUUUGAGGAGUACCUAAAGCUGGUCGGCUACCUAGCGGUCUCGCUCAGCGAGCAGCGUGUCCUCGCCAAAGAGGAACCUGCCCAAAAUGCUGCGUCCGGACAAGUGGCACAAAGUGCCCCGGACAAAGUGGAGGAGAAGCCAGAGGGAAACGCAGCGGCAAAGCCAGAGGCAAAGGCAGAAGCAACUGGUGAAGUAAAGGUAGAAGCAAAUGCAGAUGCAAAGGUAGAAGUAAAGGUAGAAGCAAAGGCAGAGGGGCAGAAGGAGCCAGAGGCAGCAAAGAAGGAGAACAGCCCAGCAGCAGCAGUGGUAGCAGCAGUAGAGCCAGCAGCAAAAGCCGUGGAAGUGGAGAAGCCAAAGGAAACAGAAAAGGCGAAGGAAGUUGAAGAGACGCUGGCAGCAGCUGUGGAGGAAGAGGGGGAGAAGAAGACAGAGGAGGCGACCUCAUAGGGGACAGUCCAUUCUUUUACAACAAAAGAAUCACAAUACACGCUUACAUUUAACACUAAAAAACACCAAAACACAGCAUUCAAUGCCAAAAUAAGUUGGUAAGCCACCCAAGCUUUUUUUUCAAACACUCACAACUUUGAAAUACAAAAUAUAUCGGUAAAGGUUCAAACACUACAAGCCCAACUCUGAAGAAACCCCAUUCCUUAUAUAUGAUAAAUAAUACAUGUACAUGACAGUAGAAUUAUUGCUUUGUACUACUAGUUACCACUAUGUUCAUAUGUACAGCAUGUGCAUCCCACUAUAUAGCACAUUUACCUCAUUAUGAUCAUAUACUUUGAUAGCAUGCAGAUGUCCACUAUCAUAUGCAUGCUGUAUCCCUGUGAAAACUUCAAAAUAUGAUUUACCUGCAGCAGCACACUGACACGCGUGACCAAAGUGUCACUGUAUCUUAACACACCACUACAGCCAAGAUGUUUAGUUUAAAUCACAUCUUCUCCCCACUUUUGUCUUUAUCUGGGUCUCUUCUUCAAUUCUUCUACACUACUUACUGUAGCUACAUUGGUCUUUGGUAAAUCAUCAGCAGUGAGCACUAAUGGUUUAAAGCAGUGGUUCUCAAACUUUUCUGCCACGCCCCCCUUCAGAAGCCAAAAAGAGUUCAUGUCCCCACAUCCCAGCAAAAGUGGAUUAAAUUUUUAUUAAUCAUUAACAAUACAGUCGAUUGAAAUAAACAGGAUUCAGGUUAGCAAAAUAGCCUUGCUAGAAUCCGAGCCCUUUUGUUUGUUCAUGUCAGUACAUGAAUCAUAUUCAUGCAAUUUUAGGUCUGCUCAACAUCCACAAUCCCCCUGAAGUGGCUAUAGGCCCCCCAGGGGGUUCCCGCCCCCCAGUUUGAGAACCACGGGUUUAAAGAAGUAGUUUGAGCAUUUGAGAAAUAUGAUCAUUAGCUUUCUUGCCAGGAAUUAGAUGUGACAAUCAAAACCACUGUUGUAUGUGUCCAUUGCAUAUGAAGCUAUAGCCAGCUGCCAGUUAGCUCAUUAAUUAACAUGUUACAACUGGGCAGUUUAAUCUUGUUUAGACUGUUUUUUGUGUGCAUUAAACAAAUAAGAUACAGCGUGUUAAUUAGAGGUUCUAGUAGGUGGAUUUUGUUGCCUUUGGAGAGAGCCUCUGUUUACAGUCUUUAUGCUAGGCUAAGCUAACCUGCUGCUGGCUGCAUUCAGUUUUAACGUAGGCCUACAGACAUUAGAAUGGUAUCAAUCUUCUCAUCUAACUCUUGUCAAGAAAGCUAAUAAUUUACCAAAAUGUAAAACUAAUCCUAAUACGGUUGCAUGAAAAUAUGUCUAUAACACUACAUAGAAUUUUUACAUUCUUGUCUUUCAACUCAAAAUGCUAUGGAGUGGUUUGGCAUGACAAUAAACAAGCUGUUUUGCUGAAGCUUUGCAUUAAUUCAACUCAUCGUGUACUCAUGCCCCAUCACGCCCUCUUCUCUCUAUCUUUCUAGUCUACCUUAUGGGCUCUCUGUCCCUUUGCAGUCAAAAGGGAACCCAAAACAGUCCCAAAGAAGUGGGUUAGUGACUAGAGUAGCAGGUCAGAGAAGGUGUUCUUGUAGUAUAAUCCACCUGGAUUAGAACUGGUAGAGAAGAAAAAAACACAGUCACUAUCUCAAGUACUUUAUGAUACAAUUAGUGCAUUUUUAUUUGGUGCGUGUCUUCCAAAUCAUAUGGUAUUUAAACAGUCAGGUUCUACUUAUUGAUCCAUAAAGGUGCUGGACGGUACAUUAUCUAGAGUGAUCACUCGUAGCCCUGGAUUGACAGAAACUUGGCCUUUGUUUUGGAGACUCUCUUAAAUUGUAGCAUGUUGUUUUCUGUUGGUUUUAGAGCCACUUGAUUAGGCUUGCGUGUGUUUGUGUCACACCCUCACACAGAGACCCAGUUUGACUUGCAACUGGAUCCUUGAGUCCCAGACAUUGGGGAACUACUGGAUUAGGUAUUUGAUGGGUAACACACUCUGGGAUACAAACAAUUACAUGAAAGUAAUCCUGGGCUCUAGUGACCCAUCCCAUUUCUGCUUUUUUUGGUAAAAUAAGAAUACUGACCCAUCAAUAUGAAUCUAUGUGGUGCGAUCUUUUACAAGAGAUUAAUACAUAUGAAAUUGCAUGAUAUCAGAAACAUAUUUGCAAGUAUUAUAAUUGUAUUGCAAUUAUUGUGGCCAAAUAUUUAAGUUCAACAUGGCCUCUUUAUAUUGAACUUUUUAACCUAAAUCUUCCUUGUUUGGACCACUAUGGAGAUCACUUGAAAACGUACUUUUUUUUUUCAAAUUAUAUGCAAUUUGUCAAUAACAAUUUAAUGAUUUGUAAAUUGUCUCAUCAAAAAUAAUGCAGCCGUGACAAAAAGGCUUGUGUUGCAGGCCUGCUAUGUUAUAAGUCUACCUGGCCAGCAGCGUAGUGCUAAGGUACACACAUUUUGGGCACACUACCAAAUGUGCACCUUAUGCACUGUAAUAGCACCUGGCACUUCAAACUGCUCAGCAGCAAAAUAGCCAAGACAAAUAAACCUGAGUCAUGUGGUCACCCUGCCUCACUGCGACACUCCCAUUGCAAAUACUCUCUCAUUUACAAUCACUCAGUACUCAUUGUACGUUGUGUUUCCUGCAUGCUCUCUAGCUAACAAACUUAAUGGACACUUUGGGCUAUAUACACUAUAUUAUUAAGUCUUUUAAUAAAACCUGAAUCAUUUUUAUAUCAAAACAUUUUCUAAUCAUGGUACUUCCUGUGAAUAAUGGAAACAUAUCACUCUCUUGCACCAUCUACAGCCAGCCUUCUGUUCAACAUGUGCAUAGGCCGCAGGCACUUGCAUCUUGUGUAUACAUAUACUGGUAAGCUGCAUACUUUAUUUUCUAUUCCCCAUAAACCAUUUGUGCAUCUUUGUGUUCUUUGUUUGCCCUCAACCUAUUAUUAUAAGAAAAACAUGGCAAGAAGAAACUGGAUAAAGUUUGUUUAAAAUUACUUGACCUGCACCACCAAAAUAUUUAGAGUGAACAGUCCUGGGUUAAAUAUCAUCUGGAAAUGAUUUCAUUUCAGCUAUUGCUUUCUUUUAACCUAUUUGGAAUAGCAGGGGGACACAGUGAACCAUAAGCAUCAUGUUUUCCUUCAGAAAGGUUGAACUGUCUGUACAGGCACUGUCCGAUAAUGUAAACCCCACCCAAUGUUAACUCCAUCUAGAUUAAAAACAUGCUGGAACGAAACACAGCAGAUUUGCAGCAGGGAGUGUUUGCAUUGCCACAUAAUACAUCUCAUUCAUUCUGUGACACAGUAGAUGAAGGUACAAGCCUGUGUUAAGAAUCUUCAGAGCAGACAUACCGUACUAAGUGUACAUGCAAGUAUAUGGAUGUGCUUGAAAGGCUCAUUGGGUCAAAAUGUUUGUGAUUAUGGGACCAUUCCCAGGAUAUUGUGCAGGCUUUCAUCAUGGUGCGCUGAUGUGUUCAUUUCCUGCCAAGUAUUAGAGGGUGUGUUUAACAGUUCAGUCCACUGUCAUGUCCAGUAAAGUCCACUAUGCUAGUAUUUCAAUGUCAUAUAACGCUGUAUCAUUUUUGCUUAUUCUAUGUAACAUGUAAUGGCUAGUAUUGAAUAAAACUGUGACGAUAACAUA